UUUAAUACUUAUUUUGAAAAAAAAUUUCCCUAAAUAAAAAUUAAGGUAAAUUAUGAUACUUCAUGAAAUAUCUAUGGUUAAAAAACUAUCCCUACUAAAUAUAAUAAUUUAUGAUUUAAAGUAUUAUCAUUCAUUAUCCGUUAUUUUUGAACAUUCAAGAGAGCAAUGGACUUCCCAGAGAAAUACAAGCAAUUAUGGAAAGACUGGGAUGUUCGUGUCCUAAUUUUACUCAGCCUAUCCAUCCAAAUCAUCCUCAUAUUUCUCAGUCACUUGAGAAAAACAUCUGCUUUGAGAUGGAUACGAAUGAUUGUGUGGUGCAACUACCUCCUCGCUGAUUGGGUUGCUGACUUCUGCCUCGGCCAACUAAGCAACUCCAUGGAUGAUUCUUCCUCUUCCUCCAAUGUUAUCAUCGCAUUUUGGGCUCCCUUUCUUAUUCUCCAUCUUGGUGGCCCCGACACUAUCACUGCCUAUUCGAUGGAAGAUAACGAGCUUUGGGCUCGCCAUCUUCUCGGCCUUGGCUACGAGCUUAUUGUUGCCUUGUAUGUCUUCAUCCGCUCACUUCCAAACACUCGCCUACUCACACCCACUCUCUUGAUAUUCAUAGUCGCCGUCAUUAAGUACAUAGAGCGCUCUUACUCACUUUACAAAGCUAGCACUGAAGGCUUCCUCAAGUCCAUUAGCUCCUUUGAGAGAGAAGUACCAACAAAAGAUUUGAAUGAUUUGAAUCAUGCUUUUUGGUUAUACUCUGUUUGCAAGCCUUUCUUCAUCAAUGCCGUUCCAAGUUCUGAGGUUUAUGUUAAAUUUAAAGAUCUUGUCUUCGAGAUGUCAGCAGAGAAGGUUUUAAAGACAACAAGUAUGGAGCUUAGUUAUGCAUAUGAUGAGCUUUACACCAAGGCCGUUGUGAAUCACUCUAAACAUGGGUACAUUCUCCGAUUAUUCUGCUCCAUCUGUAUUGUAUUGUCUUUUUUAUUCUUUUUCAUUGAUUCGAAAGAUGGUUUUGACAAACGUGAUGUGGUCAUUACCUAUUUUUUGCUUGCGGCAUCGCUAUGCCUCGAUUGCUUAGCUACUAUCAUGCUCGUGUUCUCAAAUUGGAUAGUGGUUUCCCUCCUUAAUGUUAAGCGGUUGAGCAAGUGGAGCAGGUCGCUAGCUAAUCACAUUGUCAAAAUUAAAAUGGCAUGGCAUAAGAAAAUGUAUCAUUCAUUAGAGAUGCCACAGUUGAAUCUUCUCCAUAGUUGCCUAAAAAAUUCUACACCAAAUGAAGCUCCUAGGCAAAGGAUGAUGAACUGGAUUUCAGAAAAGUUUGGCUUAGUGCGGAAGAUAAAGUUGCGCUUACGUUGGAGAAAGGAUUUUGAAACUUACACCUUAUGGGCAUUGCAGCCAGAACAAACAAACCAAGGACUCAUGAAUAUCAUUGCUUCCUAUGCAGAAAGAUGCUUGCCUUUAUUACUUGAGGAUUUCAACAAACCAGUGGGCUUCUCUUUUCUUCAACAAAAAAUACCUUGGGCUUUCCCGACAUGUUUUGAGCUUUUAGAGGGUUUGUCACUUGAUCAACAAAUUCUGAUAUGGCACAUGACCACUGAGUUCUGUAUUCACUGGCCGAAGUCUCUACAUCCAAUAUAUUAUAAUCAAAUAGAGAUUGAAGUGGAUGAAAGUAGAUCAAGAGGAAUAAUGAGAAAUAGUGUUGAGAUGGAAGCUUGUAAGUACUUGUCUAACUAUAUGAUGCAUAUGGUGUUGAUGCGACCUAACAUGAUGCUUACCAUGAGAGGAAGGAGCCCGAUGGUAUUUUGGGAUGCUUUUGAUGAUAUGGUUCAAUUUAUUUAUAGAAAUGUUGAUGUUCAACACUUGUUAUUGCCAAAUGCAGAAGUUAAGGUGUGUAGGGAGAUAAUGACUACUCCAAUAGAGUGGACCAAUGAAAAAUCUUUAUUUGUAACAGCACGUGCGCUUGCUCAUUUGAUGCUUACUAUUGGGGAUGAAGAGAGAUGGCAUGUUUUGACUAUGAUAUGGGUGGAGCUUCUAAUGAAGGGGGCGAAUAGUUCAAGGGCUGAUGUGCAUGUGAAGCAGUUGAGUAGGGGAGUUGUAAUAAAUUUCUCUACUAAGUGAAUGCCAUGAGUGGCUCUCAAUUUGAAGUUCAUAAUGAUCUUCCAACUGUGGGAGUAACUGCCUUUGGCGGAAUGAUGAAAGAGGAGUUAUGCAUGGCCAACAUUGGAGAUGAAGCCUACGAAAAAAUUGAUACGUACUUCGAGAAUAAAAAAUUAUUUCGACAGACACUGCCGAGCAAAGCCCCACCUAAGAGACGGCUAUGGAAGCUUUCCUGCUGUUGUUUCUAAGCCCUCUCUCUACCUCUCGAAGGAACCAUCACAAAGUGAUGGCUUUGGUUCUCAAAGAGAGACAUCACGCCUAGGAAAUUCACUAGACUACUCUCUUUUCUUGGUAGCAGUAUCAUUUCGUAUUAGAGCUAGCAAGAUGCCAACUCGUUGAAAUCAGCAACGAACUAUACAAGAACUGGUGAUUGCUAAUCUACAAAGGGAAAUCCAAUAGCUACAGCAAUGCUGAGCUCGGUUUGAAGAAAGGAAAGUAGUUGCAAGGCAAGAAGGAGAAGAAGAUAUCAACCCCUUCCAUCAAGAUCUUUCAACCGACGAGGAAGAAGACCACCAUAGGCGGGGUGGUUCGAAUGAUUGUGGAGUCAAGAAUGAGCUACCCGACUUCGAUGGGCGAAUGGUCCCUACUGAAAUUUUGAAUUGGAUACAAAUGAUAGAACGAAUUCUUGAUUUUAAGGACAUUUUGCCUGAUCGAAUCGUCAAAUUGGUAGCAAUUAAACUCAAGAAGAGUGCCUCCUUAUGGUGGGAGAAUUUCAAACGAAAUCGAAACCGAGAAGGUCGGGGCAAGAUCACCAUGUGGGCCAAGAUGAAGAAAGAAUUGCAGCGCAAAUACUUUCCCAAACAAUAUCGUCAAGAGCUAUUCCUAAAAUUCCAUCGACUGCAACAGAAUCAACUUACUGUGGAACAAUACAUUGCUGUGGAACAAUACAUUCCAUCGAUUAUGUGUCUCUAUAGCAGACGUGGUUCAACUUCAACCUUAUUGAACCUUGCAAGAUGCAAUCAACUUAGCUUUGAGAGUGGAAGAACAGCAAAUCCAAGGAAAUAUAUUCUAGAACAGGAAACCCAUCUAUGAAGGUGAAAGAAGUAAAGGAGGAAUCAAGAAAUCUGAUGGUGGAAGCAGCUCCUUGACAAAAGAGGAAUUUCAUGUUAAUAAUAGUGGGCAAAAUUGGGCCCCUGCUACUGGACAUUCGUCAAGCAAAUAUUUUAAGUGCCAUAGAUUUGGCCACAUAGACUUGGGGUGUCCCAACCGCCGUGUGAUCUCCCUUAUGAAGUAUUAUGACUUAGAAUCUUCUGAACGAGAGCAGUGGCAUCCUCAAGAAACUACCAUCAUUUUCACAGACAAUGAGAAUUUGUUGGUUCUUCGACGGCUACUAAAUUCACACAAAAAAGAUGUUUGUUAGCGCCAUAAUAUUUUCCAAACUCUUUGCACUGUUGGCGGAAUAGUAUGCCAAAUGAUAAUUGAUAGUGGAAGUUGUGAGAAUGUGGUGUCCACCACGAUGGUUGAAGAGCUCAAGCUAUCGACGGAAGAUCACCCCAAAUCAUACACACUCUACUAGAUUCAUAAAGAAAACGAGGUUCAAGUCUCCAAGUGGUGUCUUGUCAAUUUCUCCAUUGGAACUUUUGAGGGUGAUGAGCAAUCCAACAACCGUACAAGAAAUUUUAAAUGAUUACAGUGUCAUCUUAACAUAUUUCAUUCCUUCUGGAUUGCCACUCCUGCGAGGAAUUCAACAAACCAUAGAUUUUAUACUGGGAGCUGUAAUCCCAAACAGUCUCAUCUACAGGCUGAGACCAGACGAGCAGGCUAAGCUCAAAUGACAAAUUGAGGAGCUUCUAUCCAACGGCUUUGUGCGACUGAGUGCCAGCCCUUGCAUUGUGCCUGCUUUGUUAGUUCCAAAAAAGGAUGGAACCUAGGAUGUGCAUCGACAGCCAGUUGUAGUAAAUUUCUCUACUAAGUAAACGAUAUGAGUGGCUCUCAGAUUGAAGUCCAUGUUGUUCUUCCAAUUGCGGAAAAAGAGGCAUGUUGGAUUUCUAAUAUGGGAGAAGAAGCCUUUGAAAAUAUGAACCAGUACUUUGACAGGAAAAAACAAUUACAAGAAGAGGCGAAAGCUGCAGUGCCCAACAAAACCCCUCGCAAGAGACAGCUAUGGAGGAGUAUUAAUAUAUUAAUUAUAGCGUAAAUGUCUGUGUUCAAAAUAUUAAUACAUUUUAAUUUAUAGUAUAUUUUUAAAGUAAAAAAAAUAUUGAUAAAAAA